GCCCGAAAGAAUAGAGUAAAUAAGUUAACCACUGCCAUAACGAAGGAAAGAGCGGUGACUCCAAAUCAGUUAUAAACAACAAUCUACUUUGAGUUUUUGCUUUCAUUGUAAAGCAGGAAAAAAGUAAUUUAGGAAUGGCGACUGAACUUCGUAGAAAACUGGUUAUUGUGGGAGACGGUGCAUGUGGUAAAACAUGCCUUUUAAUUGUCUUCUCAAAAGGCACCUUCCCAGAAGUUUAUGUUCCCACCGUCUUUGAAAACUAUGUUGCUGAUGUAGAAGUUGAUGGACGUCACGUUGAAUUGGCCUUGUGGGAUACUGCCGGUCAAGAAGAUUAUGACCGUUUGAGACCUUUGUCUUAUCCAGAUUCUCAUGUCAUUCUUAUUUGUUUCGCUGUCGAUUCUCCGGAUUCCCUCGAUAACGUCCAAGAGAAAUGGAUUUCCGAAGUUCUUCACUUCUGCUCCAGUCUUCCUAUAUUGCUCGUCGCUUGCAAGGCUGAUUUGCGUCAUGAUCCCAAAAUUGUUGAAGAACUCUCCAAAACUCAACAACAUCCUGUUAGCAGUGAGGAGGGCCAAGCAGUUGCUCAAAAGAUCGGUGCUUACAAGUAUUUGGAAUGCUCUGCUAAGACAAACGAAGGUGUCCGUGAAGUUUUCGAAUCUGCCACCCGUGCUGCUAUGUUGAAACACAAGCCAAAGACUAAGCCUUCCAGUGGUAGCAAAAAGAAGAAGCGUUGUAUAUUGAUGUAAAGUGACUCUCUUCUAUGGAAUAUCAUCAUAUUUUUUCCAUUUAGAUAAAUCGUUUCCGAUUCUUUUUACUCUAUCUUUAUUAUCAUAUUUGUAAUUUACCUGUACAUUUCCUUUUGUCCCUUCUUGCUAGCUGCGGUUUAUGGAUGUAUGCUUUUCUGUCCGGUGAUGAGAUGCAUUCUUGUGUCUAAGCACGGCUGUUUAUUGAAUUCGUUACGGUCGUCCUGUUAUGAGUUGUUUGGGUCCAAUUUAUCUGGGUAACUUUUCUGUUUCGACUUUCAAAGCAACGCAUCUAUAUUUAAAUUGCGUGCGCUCUUAGUAAUCUCUUACUUUUUCUUAUUUCUUUGCUUGAGCAUUCUCUUAUGAGACUUGCUUUUUUUUCUUAACAUUCCUUGCAUGAUGAAUAUCCCUAUUGCAUGCCUCAUUGUUCAUUGAAGAACUUUUUGAGAACCCUUGUUGCUUAACUUUCUUUAAUAGUCGUCUAGCUUGGUCACUAUUUUAUAUAUCGGAAAUUCAAUUCAAAAAUCUGCUCAGUAAACAUUACAUUUUUCUCCCUAGUAGAACAUAGAAGAGUACCUUCUAAGCACGCG